AUGAGUUGCAUGGAUAUGAAACAGGAAAAUGUCCAAAACAAUGAAAAAAAUAUGAAUGAAGCCCAAAUCAAUACAACUACAGACGGAAAUAAAAAAAAGGGAGACGACGAAAACAUGAACAGGUUUAACAAGAAUUCCCGAAAAAAUAACGCUUCUGGAUCAUACAACCAACAAGGUUCAAUUAAUCACAGUUCGAACAAUAACCCUGAAGACAUGGACAACGAGUGGAAUAAUUUGAGAAGCGGUUCUAGUCACACCUUUAGAAAUGCAAAUAAAUCUAUGGAAAAUAACAGUUUUUCUUCAAUGAAUAAAAAGAAUCAUGUGAUGGAUCAAGGAAAUUGGAGAUCUAAAAAAGAAGUGAAUGGAGCAAAUUAUAGAAAUAACAAUUUUAAUAAAAAUGAAAUGAAUUCUAACAUGAACAGCUCAGACAAUUUAAAGUUUGAAUUUGUCAGGAAUUUUAAGAACAGUAAUAAUAGAAAUGUAAGUACGAACAACUCUGUUAUGAAAAACAUAAACGCUGGAACGAGUGCUAAAGGAGUAAAUAAACUUUUUAACAAUAAUAAUAGCAAUACAAAUAAUAAUAUGGUUAGUGGCGCAAUCCCAGCGAAUGGUAUGAAUAAUGAAAACUCAGAUAACUACACAAAUAGAGAAUCCGUGUCCAGCAAUCAAAACAAAACGAUAAAUUCAAAUCAAGAUAAUUUUACGAAUUUAGGAGGAAAUUUUAAUAACAAUUUUAGCAGUAUGAAUAACAAAGAUUUUUACAAAAAUACAAAUAAAAAUAAUAAAUUUAACAAAUCUAACAUACAAAAUAAUGACAGUACAAAUAACUUCAACAAUAGCUUAGAUGGAAAGAAAAAUAUGAACUACAAGAACCAAUAUAGUUCGAAUUUUAAGAAUGAUGGAAAUGUAAACAACUUGCCAUAUAGAAAUAUCAACAUGGAUGAAGGUAAUAAAAAUUACCCAAAUGAUUUUAAUCAGAACAUGAAUAACAAUUAUACGCAAACCAAAUUUACUACACUUAUAGAAAAUGAUGCAGAGGGUAAAAAUAUCAAUAUUUCUUCAGGGUAUAACAAUGCAUCUAGUAAUUUAAAUAAUUCAUCUUUUUACAAACAGAAGUAUGACAAUAAUGGUACCAUGAACAGCUUGGACCAAGGGAAAAAUGAAUUUCUUCCAUUUGGAAUUAAGGGAACGAACAGCAAGUACUAUGGAACUCUGGACAGUGGCAAGAACAUCCAUUGUGAUGAUAGCAGCAUGGAUGGGUUCUACAAUCAGAAUACCAACCUUACGAAUUACAGCAAUCAAAACAAAAAAGGUAAUAUGUACAGUAACGAAAAUGUUAGCAGGAGUAAUGUAGAUUUUUCAUAUAAUUCAAACGUUGGUAACAUUGGCCACAUGGAAGGGGGAUACCCAGAGGGAAACAACCCUUCCAUUGUUAACCAAGGGAACAGGGACGUAACUCAGAAUUUUUACAUCAACUCAUCAAGGAAUGAUAAUUCAAAUAACAUGGGUAUUGGUAGUGUGGGCUAUAUGAACAAUAUGACAUCAAAUGAUAACGCUAAUUUUACCAAAAGGGAAUGUGUAAAUGUAGAUAACCAUUUUGCACUUCGAAUGCAAAACCAAGCCAAUUGUAAUUUUGAAAAUUCAGGUAAUGGAAACACAAAUGGAAAUUUUAAUGCACAACCCAUUUUUAUGAAUAAACCAAUAACAAACACAUUCAAUAGCGCAAACAAUAUGAAGUCAGAUAUUAACAGCAACACCAAUUUUAUAGAUAAUAAUUCGAACAGUACCAAUUUUAUUCCAGGAGCAGGAAGUAGCACCAAUAAUGUUAAUAUGAACAAUGUAGAUAAUCGAAAUAACAAUGAUGAAGAGGAGGAUAAUGAUGAUUGGGGAGAAUUAGGUGAAGACAAAUACAUAGACAUUAACUCAAUUAUAAAAAAGAAAAAUGUCAUUCUAAAUCAGUUAGCUGAUUUAAAUGAAUCUUCUAAAAAGGGAAAUGAUAACAAGAAUAAGAAAAAAGCAAAGUCGAAGAAAGAGGAGGACAAACUAUUUUUAAUAGGAGCCGAUGGGACGAGUACAUCCAUGGGUGAUAAGAAAAAAAAUAAAAAAAAUAAAAAUAAAAAUUCAAAGAGCAAUAAUAAUAAGGAGAACGAGAAGAGUGACAAAACAAUUGGUACCAAAUCACUAAACAGUGAAAUAAGUCCCAAGGAAGCAAAUAGCAGUAAUAACAAUGCGUCAAAUAAGAAAAAGGGAAAGAAUAAGAAGGGAAACAUUGGUAGCGAAACAGAAAUAAAAAUGAAUGAAGGAAGUAUAACAUAUGAGGGAACAAACGAAAAGGAUAAUAACACUAUUUCAAAAAAAGAAGAAAGAAAUGAACAUGAGGAAAGCUAUGCCCAGAAUGAACUGAACCAUGAAAAUUGUGAAAAAAAAGAAGUCACGGAAAAACCAGCGAAGGCUUUGUACGUAUUUAAAAGAAAGGAAAAUAUGUCUCCUCAUGAAUAUAUGGAAAGACAAAUUAAAAGUUUACUGAACAAAUUAACCGUAGAAAAUUUCCCAAUUAUAACAGAAAAAAUGUGCCAAAUAAUGGACUCACGUACAAGUAUUGAUGAAAUUCAGACAGUUGUAAAUGAAGUUAUUAAUAAAGCUGUUUUGGAACAUGACUGGUCAGAGAUGUAUGCUGAUGUUUGUCAAGCCUUGAAAUGGAGAUCCCCAAAUUUUGAAAUGAAAAAAAAAUCCUCCUUUGAAAUUGCUCUUUUAAAAAAAAUUCAAGAAGAAUAUGAAAAUUUACCGAGUACGUUCGAAUCAACUAUGAAAGAAAAAUUAAAAAAUGAUGAAAAUGAAGAAGAGCUAAGUUUUGUUGAGCAAAAACAAAAAAAAAGGUUAUUUGGAAUUGUAAAAUUGAUAGGAGAAUUAUUUCAGCGUCAAAUCGUAUCUAUAUCUAUUGUGAUAAGCAUAGCACAUGAUUUAUUAAUUGCAUAUGAUGAACCGAAAGAAUAUUGUAUUGAGGCUUUUCUUCAACUAAUUUAUUCCACUGGAUUUUUCAUUGAUAAAAUGGAAAAAUAUAAAAAUAUAUUAGACACAUGGUUUGGUAGAUUAAAAGAAUUACAAAGAAAAAAAAUGUAUUCAAAAAGAAUAAAAUUUGUAAUUCAGGAUGUAUUUGAUUUAAGGUUGUCUGAAUGGAGAAAGAAAACUCAUAAAGACACAGCCAAAGGAUUGAAUGAAUUGAGAUCCCAAUUAGAAACAGAAGAAAUGAUGGGUGGCUCAAUUCACCUUGCACAGUUAGGAAAUAUAGUCAUAGUUGGAGAAAGGCAUAACAUUAGGAAUAAUGAAUCCUACUCGAAGUAUAUGCAAGAGCAGGAGAGACUCAGCAAGGCAAAUCAAAAGAAGUAA